AUGUCCUGUCAUAUCGACAACAUACCGACAGGUCGUAUUCCUGCGUCCGUGCUCAAGAAGCCAACAGUUGUGGGACUGUAUGGAGUCUCCGGCUGUGGAAAAAGCUUCCUGCUCAAAGAGCUCAAGGAAGAACUUGGUGAACAAGAAUUCGAUUAUCACGAAGGCGCGGCCGUGAUUUCACGCCUCGUUCCCGGAGGCCUCAGUGCUUUCCAGAAGAUGGAAUAUCGCGAGAAAACUGUCUGGCGCGAACGCGCUAUUGACCAGAUCCAGGAGGACUGCACAAUCAGUGGACGAGUCGCAUUAGUUGCAGGACACUUCAUGUUUUGGGAUGAAUAUGAUAAGACCCCACAGUUAGGUUGGACAGAGCACGACCAAACAACGUUCACUCACAUCCUAUAUCUCCAUGUUCCUCCCGACGUUAUUGCACAGCGCCGGAUGAACGACUCUAAUCGAGCUCGCUCGUCCAUCUCAGAUGAGCAUCUAAGAAAAUGGCAGCAGGCCGAAUGUGAUCAAUUACGUCUGGUUUGCCUUGAGCAUAAAAUCUUGUUCUCGAUCGUGCCUCCGAGUCGUCACAAAAUCGCGAAGCUCUUGCGGAAUUUUCAACGCAAUACGGAGGAGUACAAUCUCUCUUGUGCUCGAGACAGGCUGGACGAAGUUGUUCGAGAAGUUGCUGGCCCAGGGAAGCUGAAGACGACGCUAGUGAUGGACGGUGACCGGACAUUAAUUGCUGAAGACACUGGCGCGCUUUUCUGGCGCCUAUUCAACAAAACGGUCAAAGAUGCCACUGAAAACACAGGGGGAGGGAAAGAUCCUUUGAAGGAAUUAUUCAGUGGUCCAUUUGGGUACUCGUACGCUGCCUUUGUUCAGGCAGCCCUGCUUUACGAAGAAGUGGACGAGAAACAAUUCGACGAUUUUUGCGAAGAAGUUGCUUCUGCUGUGACUGUGCACCCAGAGUUUGUGUCAUUGUUGGUGCAAGCGGCAGAGUGCAAAGUGGGAGCGGUGAUUAUCACGUGUGGGUUAGGACUGAUUUGGGAAAAAAUUCUGAAGAAAACAGGACUCUCGGAGACGGUGAAGGUAAUCGGCGGCGGUCGCAUCAGGGACCAUCUUAUUAUCACUGGUGAAGUAAAGGCCGCAUUGGUGGCCCGAUUGAGGACGGCGCAUGGCAUGUAUGUCUGUGCAUUUGGGGAUAGUGUAUUAGAUUUGCCGAUGCUUAAGGGAGCUAGUCAAGCCAUCGUAGUGGUUGGAGAGGAACGACACAGGAGUCACAGAAUGGACGACGCAUUGCUGAAGGCUAUCGACGAUGAAGGGCUUCAAGCAUGCCAGGUGUUGCUGCCCAAGACAGCAUCAGCACGACUUGAUGUUGUAAAGCUUCCACUAGUGAGCAUAACCGAGGGCCGCUUUCUGGACUCCCUUGUAUCUCGCCUUCCUUGCCGGAUCCAUAUUCUUCAUGCGACAAACAAAAAUCCAGCGAAGCUUCUCAUGUCUGGAAUGCGGGAUGCGCGAGUUGCCGGACCUGCCUUGCGCGAAGUACACCGUCGUGUCGGCUGGUAUCUGACAACAGAGUUUGUAUCUGAGUUGAUCGGACUAGAAGAGUACCCAAUCCCACAUGUGCAGGGCCCUCAAACACAGGCGAAUGGACAUCGGCUUCGCGACGAAAAUAGAAUUUUGAUUGUAGCACUCAUGCGAGGCGGUGAGCCCAUGGCUCUUGGUGUCAGUGAAGCUCUACCACUUGCUCCUUUUCUCCAUGCGAAAUACCCAGAGGAUGUCGAGAACCGUCAUGUGGAAGACCAAAAAACCGUAAUUCUAGUCGACUCGGUAGUCAACAGUGGAAAGACAGUGGUAGAAUUUGUGCGACACAUUCGCAAACUGCAUGCAACUAUUCGCAUUCUUGUGGUCGCCGGUGUGAUACAGGCCGACUCCCUUGCCCCAGGUGGCGCUCUUGCCCAGAUACCGACCACAGAAAUUGGUUUCAUUUCUCUUCGGCUGUCGGACAACAAGUUCACUGGAAAAGGAACUACGGACACUGGCAAUCGCUUAUUCAAUACAACCUACUUGCAGUAA